AUGGACGAGAAAGAAUAUAGAAUUAACAACACAUCUGACUUACCCCAGGUUGGCCCCACAUCCAAGGAUUUGCUGCAGAACCAGUUGCUGUUGCCAGUUGCUGCUGUUGGUCCUGUUGCUGGUGACAGUUUGUUACCAAGUGUAAUGACUGUUCCAGCUUAUGCUGAAGAUGCUCAUACAUUGAGAGGUUCUGUUGUUCAUAGAGUUGUUCAUAGAGGUAAGAUCUACUUCUUUGGUGGUUUCAACAGCAGGGAAGGACAACAUUUCAAUGAUCUUCACUGUUAUGAUCCAGCAACACGUCAAUGGGGUGAAGUUAAACCCCUUGGUGAAGGACCUUGCCCAAGGAGAAGACAAUCCUGUUGUGUUGUUGGCACCAAAAUGUUCUUAUUUGGAGGGACUAGUCCAAAUGAAAAUUAUAAUGAAGCAGAGGAUCCAAUUCUUGGCUUUGCAGACCACUCGGAUAGAAGCCUAAAAGACCACAAUGAUUUACACGUUUUAGAUUUAGAGCCAAGCUUAAAAACUCUUAGUUUACUACGUGUCCAGGCUCUCAAGGACAAGUUGGACAUUUCAUGGUUGCCAAGAGAGCUCCAGUUAAUGCUGGAGGUGAUGCGCAUGCCCAACAAUAUUACCCGACCGCUCAACCACACUGGAUAAGCUUUGGUAUUCAUUAGUGUAGAUUUUGUAUUUUCUUGCUCUGUGAGUAUAAAAAUAGCAUGCAGCACUGUUCUGUACACCAUAGGUUGAAUUUAGGAUUAUUUUUAAUUUAUCUUAUAUUUUUAUGAAGGUAGCUUUAUGAAAACAUGAAAUAAUUUAUGGAUUCCGCAGCUGAAGGUAAUUCUGCACAUUAUUUACUUACGUUUUGUGCCAAGUACUGUACGUACUGAUUUCUUUAACAAAUACUAUCAUAUUCUAUUGUACAGUCUUAGGAACACUAUGUAUCAGUGAUUUCCUGUUCUUAAGUCAAAUAGUGUUGUAUUUGCCUGUAAGUUAUUGUAUAAAUGAUUAUAGCAAUAUUUUUUAUCAUUGUUAUGACAAGUGAUACCCCCGCAUUGAAAUUACUGAACUUUAUGAAGACAAAAUCUUGGAAAGAGGUUUAAAUGGUUUUAUCCACUUGUUUGUUUGGGCAGUAUUUAGUGGUGUAUUUAGUGUUCUAUUUUAUGAUAUAUGUUGUUUUAAAUUAUGUAAUUGGAUAUACAAUGUCUAGUUGGUAUUAAUGAAAAUGCAUUGUUAACCUUUUCAAGAUAAAUCAUCAAUUCCAUAUAGCUAGCUCUCUCUCUCUCUCUCUCUCUCUCUCUCUCUC